UUCGCUCACUCGAAACGGCUGGCGAAUUCUGAAAGUCUCAUCCACCUCACUUGCCCACCACAUCCUUUUCACCUUCACCCUUGUCAAUCCCUCAUCAAACUAGGAUAACCCACAAUGAACGCCCCAGUCGCCCUCAUAACCGGCGGCGGCUCCGGCAUCGGCCUCGCCGUCGCCGAACACCUCAUCAACCAAUACGGCUGGCGAGUCGCCAUCGUCGACAUCGAUGCCGCGCGAGCAGCGCAGGAAGCGGCGAGAAUCAGCCCGCACAACUGCCUCGGCCUGCACGCCGAUGUGACGGACUACGCGCAGCAGAGCCGGGCGUUUUUGCAGGCUUUUGAGUGGGGUGGGAACCGGUUGGAUUUGGUGUUUUUGAAUGCGGGCAUUGGCGAUACGGACAGCAUGUACAAAGACUUCGCCAUCGACGAGCGCACAUCUCUACCACAUCCCGUGGACCUACGAGUCUUGGACGUGAAUCUGAACGCCGUAAUCCAAGGCGUACAUCUAGCCCGCCAUUUCUUCAGCGAAAAGAACAACACCAAAGGCGGGGGAAUAGUAAUAACGUCGAGUGUCCUAGGUCUCUACCCUAGCCACGCAAUCCCGCUCUACUCAGCAAGCAAGCACGGAAUCGUGGGCCUCGUGCGCUCUUGUGCACCCGUCUAUCUGAAGGACAAGAUUACUAUCAACUCUCUUAACCCCAUGCUCGUGCACACCAAUCUCAUGCCCGAGCCUAUGUCCAGCGAAUUCCAUACUCCCGAGCAGACGACGCCCAUGUCGACGGUUUUGACGGCUUUUGAUGCGAUUAUUGCGGACGACAAGUUGACUGGGCAGACGAUGGAGUUGGCUAUGGAUGAGGUGAUUUUCAAGCAGCAGCCGGAUUACUCGCAUCCGAAUAUCAAGUCUGUUCUGGGCCAGUGGGGGAUGUGGGAGAGGGUUGCGGAGCCGCUACUCCCGAGGAGACCGGGGGAGAAUGCUGAGGAGGUGAAGCUGCCGGCGAAAUUGGUGAUCAAGGCUGGAGUGCAGAGUUGAAGCAGGGCGGUCGUGGAUAUGGGUUCUGCGCGUUCUUGCUGUGCGGGCUGAAUGCGGCGAUGCA